AUGAGUGAGAAAUCAUUGAAAAUAGAAGUUGAAACUCCGGGAUGGGAGUUAAUAGAUCCCACCGGCUUGUUAAAAGAGAUGAAAGAGAAAGUUUUAGCUCAUUUGAACGAAAAAAAUCUUUAUGUUAGCGAUUCCAUCAUUAAUAAUUCUUGUAAAAAUGCUUUAUCUCUGGCUCGUUCUAAAAAGAAGGCAAAGAGUAAAUUUUUGCCUGUAUAUAUUCCACGAUCUCUUUUUGAUAGUAGUCCUUCUUCAAGUCCCAUUUCAGUUUCUUCUACGGAUGCAAAUGAUAAUAGUAGUGAUGAACAAGAAUAUCUGUUAACAAAUAAUGAUGUUGUACAACAAGUUCCUCUACUGACAUUCGAUUACACGAAUGAGGAAGGACUAAUGAUUUGCACCAACUUUAUUUAUCAUAUUUUACUAGUUCGAGAUAAAGAUACUAUAUGUAUUCAACCUGGUAAUACAUGUUUACAUAUACAUAUUUGUGAAUCAUUUGCUCUUCGAGCACUUGAACUUUUUGAUCUAAAUGGAAGCAUUGAUAUCAAUGAGAUCCUUAUCAUUAUAAGAACAUACUGUAAAAAACGACAAAUAGUGCCAGAUAUCACAAAAACUGAAGAAACAAUAAAAACAACGAUUUUAGAUAGGCGAAUUAACAAUGUCGAAUCAAACAUUUUUACGUGUACUAUUAUAUUAUAUGAUUCAGAGUAUUGUCUUUCAAACGAAGAAAAUGUCGAUCUCGAUGUUUUAUUGGGACCUGUUUAUUCCACGAGAGGAACUAAAAGAAAAAGUCAAAUAGUACCAUUUGAUAGUGAGAACAGUGAUUUAGAAGAAUCGUCAGAUGAUGACGAUUGUCUUUGUCAAUCAGGUGUGGCUUCUGCCUCAAAAAGAAACUAUAAACAAAAUCCUCUUUCUAUUAAAAAAGAAGAACUUAAAAGAAAGUUUCUUCAUAUAAAAGAUGAACAUCACAUUACUGACUCAGCUAUCAAAGCUAUGUAUCAAUUUUUUAAAGAGAGUAAAGAAGUCUUUUAUUCAAUGGCAGAACUAGAGCAAGUACGAAAUAAAUCUAAUCAGAAAAUACCUUUGAAAUUUACCAAAGAUUCAGCAUAUGCACCUUUUGAAUUUGCUCUAAGAGUUGCCGUUUUUGUUGCUAUUAAAUUUCGUCCUGAUCUUUUACAGCUGAAUAAGCUUUCUUUUCGCUUAAAUAUGGACGGUACUCUGAUGGGUAACAAACAUGUUGUUGCUAUAUCAGUCAAUUGUGUUGAUGGAGGAGCAUCUUGUCACACAGCUAAAAAGCUGGUGCCUGUUGGCAUUUUUGAGAUUCAAAAAGAGUCGAAUGAGCUUUUACGUAAAACUUUACCAAAAUAUUUCCUCGAUUCUAUUCAAUCUGUAAAAUAUUUGAACGUAACUCGAAAGAAAACUGUAGCAGUCAAAAUUCGACUUGGAGGAGAUUUUCAAAAUGCAGUCUAUGUUUUCGGACUUGCUGGCGUUCAUUGCAACUAUCCGUGUGUUUUUUGCACACAAAGCAAGUCUUAUUUACAUGUUACCGAUAAAAACACAGAAUGUGAAGAAAAAGUGUGGGUGGGAACCGGAAAAAAUAAAAACAAACAAAAACAAAAAAUCAUAGUUAAUCCUACUUCUUCUUACGAUCCUACUCGUGGCGCUCGAACUCUAGAAGAGAAACGUACUUGUCUGGCAAAAAAGGAGAAAGCUGGAGCAAACAACGAAUUAGGAUACCAAUCUGAACCUUUAUUUGGCGAUUUAUUCGAGUUUAGUGACUAUGUUAUGGACACUCUUCAUAUGCGAUUGAGAAUAUUUGAUAUUCUUUUGAAAGAUAUUUUAGCCGAGGGAUCACGUACAGGAGAAUAUGAACCAGCACAUAGCAAAAAAUUGGAAGAAAAACUCGAUAUCUUAAACAAGCAUUCUAUUGCUAUGUGA